AUGAUCAGUGCGUCUGGACGUCAAAAAGUUCUUUAUUCCAUUUCCGAGACAAAUGACGAAAGUACUGAUGAUAUUUAUGAUUAUAUGCACAUAAACAAUGAGCUGAUAAACACAUGUAAACAUAAAUACUGGCCCACGGUUUUUGAUUCAGGUCUUAUUACUCAACAAGUAAGCUCUGUGAUAUUUUUUGUUGUGAUAUUUAUUUACUUGGAUAAUAAAACGUUAGAACCUGGUGAUGUAUUAUAUGGAAAUGCUUUAUUAAUAUUACUUGGACUUUGUUUCUAUAGAUGGCUCAAUUUACCAUUUGGUGUAAGAUUGUGGAAAGACAAUUUAAAAACUCUUUCAGCUUUCAUUUUGUUUGGCUUUAUGGUAUCACCGGUCAUAGCUACAUUAACAAAAACAAUUAGUACAGAUACAAUUUAUGCAAUGAGUACGAUUAUGAUGUUAGCACAUUUAAUAUUUUAUGAUUACGGAUGCGAAACAGCCAUGGUUCAAAAGGCACUUUCAUUCAGUGCUGCAUUAUUCUCAGCCGUAUGUCUUGCAUCGAGACUGGCAACUUCAUUGCAUACAUUUACAAUGGUUUCUUGUGCAGUAUUGAUAUUUACAGUGGGAUCAGAAUUACGAAAAUUAGUAAAAGCUGAGAGUUUGAAAACAUUUAUAUUUCUUACAAUUAUUCAUGUAAUUCUAUGUAUCAUAUUUUUAAGUCGUUUAUCAUUUAUUCAUUGUUUUCUCUAUGGAAUUAGUGUUUUACUUCUAACAUUCAUUUGUCCUAAAUGGUUGAUUUCUUUACAAAAAUACAAAACUUCAAUGCGUGGACCAUGGGAUGAAGCUGAAAUUAGUUUAGAUAAAUAA